UUUUGAGAGAACUUAAAGUGACUGAUUUGAAGUCACCUGUAUACGAAACACUGACACCCUCUGACAAGGUGUUAAAGGACAUAUUCUCUCGUUAUCAUCCAACUAAAUAAAUAAACUUUUUUUUUGUGACGCAUUUUUACCCUUUUUUCUUUUAAUAAUAAAUGCCACAAAAACAAUUGACACCUCAUCAAAUAUCUAAAGGAUUAUCCUAUGUUCAUAAAGAAGCUCCAUUCUUGGCCAAGUUAAAAGAUAGAACACAAGAAAAGGAAGAAGCAAAAAAGAAGUUUAUGAAUUAUGAAGACGGACAGGACGACGAUGACUACGAUGAAUUAGAAGGAGCUCAAGUCGUUGAACUUGAUUCUAAUGGAAAAGAAAUACAUAAAGACACUGGUGAAAACGAAGAAGAAGAAGAAAAAAAAGAGGAAGAAGAAAAAGAAGAAGAGCAACCAGCAGUAGAUGAAAAUGGUCGAUUACUGUUUCGUAAACAAACUAAAAAGACAGGAGAUAGUAAACGUAAAUUACAGUCCAUCAUUGAUGAAGAAGCAGCAAAAUUGGAUCCAAAGAAAAAGAAAAAGAAGACUAAAUCGAAACAAACGACGUCUUUACUCUCUUUUGAAGAAAAUGAUGCUUAAAUUAUGUUAAUAAAUUUGAUUGGUUGGGAGAGAAAGAGAAGAUCAAGAACUAGUGAAAGGGAAAUCAACAACUAUU